UGUACAUAAGCCUUUCGAAGGUUAAAUGUACCAAUGGAAAUAAUUACCGCUCACAUGGGUGGUGGCUCAGGAUAUCGUCAUGAGGCAAUGCGAUACAAUAACAGCCACAGUAAUGUCGCGAGAACACCACCAUAAAACAAUCUCAACUCCACCCCUAGCAACCUCAUACCACCAGAAAGAUAGAAAAUAAAAGAUAACCCGAACAUGCCCUCGAUCGAAUUCGCGCCUGACACCAAGCGCAACCUCAUUGUCGUUUCCAACCGGCUCCCCCUGUCCGUCAAACGCAACGAAGAUGGAUCGUACCAGGCCUGCGUUUCGAGCGGCGGGCUGGUCACCUCGCUGUCGGGCCUUACCAAAACAACCUCCUUUCGAUGGUUUGGAUGGCCGGGGCUCAGUCCCACGGAGCCCUCCGAGAGGGAGGAGAUUCGACGCAGUCUGGCCGCGCACAACGCCAUGCCGGUCUUCCUCGACGAGAAGCUUGCACAGGCACAUUACAACGGGUUUUCCAACUCCAUCCUCUGGCCUACGCUGCAUUAUCAAUCCGGCGUAGCAUUCGACGACGAGCCGUGGAAAGCGUAUAUAAAGGUCAACGAGAUCUUCGCCGAUUACAUCACAGACGCAGCACAGAACGGAGAGUUAAUAUGGGUGCACGACUAUCAUCUGAUGCUACUCCCGCAAAUGGUGCGAGAGCGUAUGUUAAGGAAAGGGAAAAGCGCCUGCAUUGGGUUUUCCCUGCACACCCCGUUCCCGGCGGGAGAGGCGCUGCGAGUGUUGCCGGUAGCAAAGGAGCUGUUGCAGGGGAUGCUGUCUAGCACGUUGGUCGGGUUUCAUACGGAUGAUUAUAAGCUGAAUUUUACGGAGAGUUGUCAGAAUUUGCUAGGCGCGCAACCCCAAGACAGCACAAUUCUCUACAAAGACCGGCUGGUGCGAGUCGGUCGAUUUACGGUCGGCAUUGACCCUGAGAAAUUCACUGAGACACUCAAAGUGGACCAAGUGCAGUCACGUAUCGAGCAGCUCGGGGAGCGAUACAAGGGCGUCAAAUUAAUCCUUGGCGUUGAUCGACUGGACUAUAUCAAGGGCCUAACCCAGAAACUGCAUGGCUAUGAGCAGUUUCUCACCGAUUACCCCAACUGGCAGGGCAAGAUUGUGCUGAUACAGGUUGCUGUACCGAGUCGCGAGGAUGUCAGGGAGUAUCAAGAUCUUGAGACGCAGAUAAGCUGUCAAGUUGGGAAGAUAAAUGGGCGGUUCGGCAAACCUGAGUACUCGCCAAUCAUCUACCUCCACCGAUCCAUCCCCUUCACUGAGCUCGCAGCACUAUACUCAGUUGCAGACAUCUGCCUCCUCACAUCCCACCGCGACGGCAUGAACCUCGUAGCGUUUGAGUACGUGGCCUGUCAAGAACAGCGGAAUGGCGUUCUCGUACUCUCUGAAUUUGCAGGGGCGUCAGCGUUUAUGGGCAAAGGGGCGGUGCAAUUCCAUCCAGCGAAUAUCAAGGAGAUAUCGCAAUCGAUACAUAAGGCGUUGCUAAUGAGUAAGGAGGAGCGGAAGGAGAGGUAUGAUAUGCUGAGGCAUUUCGUAGACACGAACACAAGUACCAGAUGGGGCCAGACGUUCGUAGAGGAACUGUCCAAGGGAGCAGUGUAGCAUAGAGUACAGUACAAUAUAACAUCAUAAC